AUGGGAGCAGCCAGGGUGGAAGCAGUCAAGGUGGACUUCUCCAAAAUGGGCGCCUCCCCAGUGGACACCUGCGCUUUUAAAAAAUGGCGUUUUAUCAGAAGAAGGAGAAAAGGGAAAGGAAAACACAGGGGCUUCGCACCCCUGCGGAGGUGGACCCUCCUUCACGGGAGAGAUCGCACCAGAGAGACAACCGCUUCGACAGAAAGGUCCAAAGGGGACACACCAAAAAGUGCAGCUGUCACCCCAUACUGUAAGGAAGGAAUAAAACGAAAGGGUAAGAAAACCCUCGUUUUGAGAAAGACACAGAGGCGAAGCAGCAUAUGUGCCGAGGAAACCAAAAGGAGUGGAGGCAAAGAAAACCUUUUUUGGAAAAACAAAAUAAACCAUUCAAAGCUGAUCCUGAUGUUAGCAAAAUACGUGCACUCCUGGGACACAUCGAGGAAGAGUUCCAACGAGGCAAAUUUUUACAGCGAUUCGACAUGCGCGUCGUCAAAAAAAAAUGGGAACAUUUGGAAGGACAAAGGGGAGAAAGAACACCUUUACUCUCAGAGAGCUACCAAAAAAUGGAAACCCAAUUGGAUGUACGAAAAGGAAAGGGACUUACAUCUCAUCAAUCAUUUAACCUGCAACGCGAGUGUGGAGGUUCACUCGCUAUUUACCUUCUUCUGCACCAAAUUAAAAAUCAAAGAUAAGGCCUAUUUCGACAAAAGAAAUAUGCUAAAUAAAAUCUCCUCUAGGGAGAAAAGCUCGGGGAUUCAGAAGCACGGCAGCAAGAACUAUUCUACGAAGCUAAAUAAUCAGUACAUCCCAAAAAAUAAGGUAAAAAUUUUGAACGACAUUAAGGGCAAACCUAGCAAAGCUCCUCCCCCUUACAAAGCGCAAAGCACGCAGGCCAACAACGAUGAACAGGCGUUGGCGGAAAAAGGGCAGGUGCUCGAGGGGGCAAAUGAACAGCACCACGUUGCGGACACGAAUAACAGCAAUAGUAGUGAUAACGCUACGAAGGCUUUUGAGGGCGAGGGGGGAAAAGGAACCACCCAUGGGGAUGACCAGUCAGAAUUCAAUGAAGAGCAAUUUGCAGACGAAUUAGAAUUAGACGAUUUUGACAGCGACGGAAAUAAAAAGGAAAAGACCUACUACACAGAUAGGUGCAUGCUAGAUAAGAGUGUCAAACGGGUUUCCAUCCUGGACAAGCUAAAUAUAGGACUGGAGGAUAAGAAAAAUGCUAAGGACAAUUCCCAAGGAGUGAAGAAGGAGGUGAUGGAUUGCAAAAAUGGGAAGGUAGCCGCGCAUUCGUAUGCAAGUAAAGCGGAGCCAAUGCAGAAUCAGUUUGCCAAUAGGGAAAAGGAGCGCCCGCACGUUGGUGUAGCCGAGGGCGGGGGAGGGAUCGCCCAUUUGAAGGAAGCCCUCGAUGCGGCCUGCGCAAAGGGCAGCGGUGACAGCGGUAUCAGCGGCAACGGCAUCAGCGGCAACGGCAAUGGCAAGGCGGGGGCAUACCCGAUAGAAAAUUACAAAAUGCACCCCCCGAGGAAGGGGUCCAUCAAGAGCCACCCCGCGGAGGAAGUCGCCAUGGACGCCCAGCCGAGGCGGCGGAGCGGCCCCCCGGAGAAUGGGCAAACGGGGUAUGCGAAUAGCGGCCAGGUGGGGUGUGCGAAUAAUGGCCAAGCGGGGUACUUCAAUAACGGUCAAAUGGGGUAUGCCAAUAACGGCCAAGCGGGGUACUUCAUGAACGGUCAAAUGGGGUAUGCCAAUAACGGCCAAGUUCCGUACGGCUUGGACAACCAGAUGGGGUAUAACCCGUAUGGUCCCCCCAGCUAUCAAAUGAAUUACGCAGCCAAUUUUCCGGUGAGCGAGUCGGCUAACUGUCUGAUGAAUGGACCGGCCAAUUUCCCGGUGAGCAACGAGAUGGGGGGUUAUCCCAACUAUGGAAGCCACCCCAACUACGGGAAUUACCCCAACGACGGGAGCCACCCCAAUUAUGCCAACUUUGCGAGCUACCCCCAGUGGGCGAACUACCAAACGUACGGCAACGCGGGCGGGGGCCCAGCCGAGGGGGGAGCCAGGCCAAGCGAAAAGAACAUUAACGAGACGAACCUAGUGGCGUAUACUAACCAGAGGAAGGUGAAGUACGACGAGGACUUCACCCUCAACUAUAUUCUUCGUAAAUGCGAAGACGACGAUCAGUUCUUCUGCAGCAACGAUGGGGAUAGUGCAGACAACGGGGCGGGGAACAAAAACGAGUUGAAGAAAUACACAGAAGGAAUGAAUAAGCUAGUGGAGCAAAUGUAUUUUUAUGAUAACCUUUACGACGAAUUAAAAAUAUGUGAAGAGGGAAGAGAAGACUCGAACGUCACUCACACCAUCAUAGAUACCUCCUUAAAUUUAAAUGUGAUGGAUGAGGAUGCGGAAGUGCAGAAAGGGGGCAAAGACAACCAGGAGCUGAUUUCCCAGAUGGAGCUAAAAAUUAAUGAGCUGGAAAAAAAUAUCGAAGAGUUAAAGAAGCAAAAGCAAGUGAAUGAACAGGGAGGGAGUAGCCAAGGGGGGGGAACCGCGGAAGGGGAGAAGAAGAAGGGGAAGCGCGCGAAGGGGGACACAGCCGAGGGGGGCAAGAAGUCCAAGAGCAGCGCAGUCAUACACAAGCUGAAAAGGGAAAUCGAGAGGAUAAAGAGGGAAAACAUGAGGAAGAAAAAAAAGGCCAAACGUAGGCGCAACGGGAAGGGCGGCGCGCCAGAGGAGGAAGCGGCGCCAAAAGGGGGGCAACUCGAAAAGGGGAAAGCGGAUAACGGCAAAGGGGAGAGCGGCAAAGGGGAUGACUGCAAAGGGGAGAGCGGCAAAGGGGACGCCGCCAACCAGGACCACUGCGAAGGGGACAACUUCAACCUGGACCAGCUCAUCAACACAAACCAACUGAACACCUUCAAAAACGAAAUUCUCAACAACGUGUAUUACUACAUAUACGAAUCGUACGACCAAAAGGACUUUGACGUUUUGGAGAGCCUGGCGAAGAAGCACGAAACGAAAGGCAGGAAAAUAACCUACGACGUGAAUUUGCCAAAACACAGCUUCAAGCACAAAAGGACCUCAAGCGCCUGGUUUUUAAACCCCCUAUAUGAAAACUACAUGCUUGAGAAGGAAAAAAAAAAAAAAAAAACGAAAAGGGAUGAUUUGUCCGGCUCAACAUACGACAAGGUGGAAUUUCUCUUCCAAGAAUAUGAACAAGAAAAUGUGGUAAAAUUAAAGGAAGAAAAUAAAAGUGGACCCAUGUCCGAAAUCAGGGAUAGCGAUUUUUCUUAUGAAAGUUUCAUAAGUGAGAAAAAAAAAAAAAUAAAAAAAGACAAAAUUGAGCUGAUCAAAAUGAAGAAUGAGAUCAUCCGCAAAAGGGGGAAAACGGUUACCUUGGAGAGGAGAGAGGCGCAGGGGAUGGACAACCCCGCAAUGGAAUCGUUGGCAGGGGAAGUUAAGGAGGGGCAUGAUACAAAAGAGAAACGGAGUCGGGACCAUCCCCAGAAAGGUACUCAACAGGGGGAGGGAAAACCCACACAAAACGACGUGGUGAACGACCUGUUCGUGGCGAUAAAUAAUUACGUUCCAGAUAAGUCCCUAUUUGACAUUUUCAAUUUUGGCUCGGACGAUGAGGGAGUGAUAAACCAAGAGAGAGUUGCUCCAAAAAGGGAAGCAGUGAGGGAAGUGCCGCCCGAAGGGGGAGGUGCCCCAAAAGGCGGACACUCUGAAAGGGAAGACGUAGACACCGAAAUUGAGAAGAAACGGAAAGAGAAGGAACUGCUCGAACUGGAAAUAGAAAACGCUCGCAAGAAAAAGGAGUUGGAAGAGUUAGAGCUGCAGAUGCUGGAGAGGAGGAAAAUGGCCCUGCUGGCCGAUGCGUCGGACGGGGGCGCCAGGGCAGAGGUGGGAGAAGUGGAAGAGGUGGGAGAAGUGGCAGAGGUGGAAGAGGUGGGAGAAGUGGAAGAGGUGGAAGAGGUGGAAGAAGUGGCAGAAGUGGAAGAGGUGGAAGAGGUUGCAGAAGUGGCAGAUGUGGAAGAGGUAGCAGAGGAAAGCGCCCGAGUCGAAGUGGAGGUGAAGAAGGGCGCCAGCGGAGAAGGAACCAAAAGUGAGGGGGCGCAGAAGGGAGCACAGCGCGCGGCCAACGAAGGGAGCGCGGCGAACCAGGGCACAACGCGGAGGAAGGGUGGCCAGAACGCAGAAAAGGAAAGAGACGAACGGGGAGAAGCGGGCCAAAGAGGAGAAGCAUGCGAAGGGGGCAGGAAGAAGGAACCGGCGCCCCGGCAGGACAGCGAAAUUAACGACUGCCUCAAUGACUACUUAAAGAAACAGAAGAAGAAGGAAAAAAAAAAAAACAACUGGGCAUUGUAUGGAAGGCCCAAGGUGGAAAGGGAAAGAAACACCAUCCUCAGAAGGCUAUCAACCUCCAAGAGUGACAGCGGCUUUAACGAGUAUGCCUAUUUCGCGGAGCGCUUUUUCGAAGCAGUCACUGGUUAUCGGAGUGACCCCGAUGGGUACGAGUGCAGUGAGGGGGGAAGUGGGGAGGAUAGGAAAGCUGCGGAAAGACAACGGGGAGGGUCUGGCGAAGGCUCCCCAAAUGGACAAGGACCUUUUCCAAAAGAACACACCAAAACCAUCCUUCACAUAAAUGAAAAGAUGAAGAAGAACGUAGACCAAAGUGAUGCCUUUCUCAAAUGGGGGAGACCAAAAUACAAAAAGAAAAGCAUCUACCAGAGGUGUAAAUCUACUACGCACAAUACCAUUUUAAAAAAAAAUAGCCUAAAGAAGAAAAAAAAAUGUAUAAAAAGAUCCAUGGAGAAAAAUGAACCCUCCAAAUUUUAUGAGGCAAAUGAAGGAAUCUUAGAAAGGACGAAACUGAAGUUGAAGGAAAAGCUAGCCAAAAGGGGAAGACACACAUUUUUAGCGAACCUUUUGGGGAACAACAAAACUCUGUUUGGGGAAAACCCAGAUGAAGGGGACCCCAAUUUUAUGAAAAACAGGACAGCCGAUUCGACGUCGCAGGGUGGAAAUGCGGAAGGAAAAAAGUUAGACUUGAAACAUAAGAGGAAGUUAAUUUACCAGGCACUCGGGGGUGGAGGCGUGCAGGAGAAGCUGACGGAAGAGGAGAAGCAGGCGGAGGAGGAGAAGCAGGUGGAAGAGGAGAAGCGGAUGGAGGAGAUGAAGCAAUUAGAAGAGGUGAGGCAACUAGAGGACAUGAAGCUGUUGGAGGAGGUGAAACGAGCAGAGGAGAAAAAACGGAUGGAGGAGAGAAAACUGAUGGAGGAGAGGAAGCGGAUGGAGGAGAGGAAGCGGAUGGAGGAGAGGAAGCGGGUGGAGGAGAAGAAGCGGGCGGAAGAGAUGAAGCGUAUGGAAGAGGCGAAACGGAUGGUGGAGAUAAAGCGAUUAGAAGAGGUGAGGAAGUUGGAGGAGAAGAAGCGCGUGGAAGAGGAGAAGCGGUUGGAGGAGAAGAAGCGCUUGGAGGAGAGGAAGCGAUUAGAAGAGGUGAGGCAGUUAGAGGAGAAGAAGCGCGUGGAAGAGGAGAAGCGGUUGGAGGAGAAGAAGCGCUUGGAGGAGAGGAAGCGAUUAGAAGAGGUGAGGCAGUUAGAGGAGAAGAAGCGCGUGGAAGAGGAGAAGCGGAUGGAGGAGAGGAAGCGGGUGGAGGAGGCGAAACGGAUGGAGGAGGCGAAACGGAUGGAGGAGGCGAAACGGAUGGAGGAGGCGAAACGGAUGGAGGAGGCGAAACGGAUGGAGGAGGCGAAACGGAUGGAGGAGGCGAAACGGAUGGAGGAGACGAAACGGAUGGAGGAGGCGAAACGGAUGGAGGAGGCGAAACGGAUGGAGGAGACGAAACGGAUGGAGGAGGCGAAACGGAUGGAGGAGGCGAAACGGCUGGAAGAAAAGCGGCUAGCCCAGGUGAAAAGGAAGGUUGAGUUGAGGCGGCUGCAGGAAAAGAGGCCAAGUGAGGCGAAGCGGGGAGAGCAGCAAAUGGGGGGAGCAAAAGCGACGGAGUGGCAGGCUAAACCGGGAGCAGUGGAAAUAACCACGGGAGAGGAAGAUAAAAAAACGGAAAAGGCGCAACAAAAAAAGGACCUGUUUAGCAACAUUUUGAAACAAAUUUAUACAGUGACCCCGCUAGCCUACUACCGAAAGGAGGAUAAGGACAAAGGGGAGGAGAAACGUCGCGAGGGGGGAAAAGACAGCGACGAAAUGGAUGGAGAAGUGGGAAGAUCCCCAAUGGAGGUAGACAAGGAGAAGGAUACGGAGAGGAACAACCUACUUGGUGAAAAAAAUAAUUUAAUUAUCGAUGGAAGGGGAGAGCAUGGAGAGGAAGUAACCACGGCAUAUUAUAACACCGAUGUGGGGGGUGACCAAACGAGGGAGGAGAAACACCUGCCGAACCUUUCUUGCGCAAAGAACUACUCCAUUUUUGAGAAAAUGGAAAGGCAAAGGAAGAGGAGUUUUAGGGGGAAGACAGCCAUGAAUGGUCAUAGAGGCGGUUCCAAUAAACCUGGGAAGAGGGACUUGUCCAAAAAUGCCUACGUGAAUAAUUCUCUAAUAAUCAGCCAUGUGAUAAAUAGGGGGAAGGCUGAGGAGCAGCAUGUGCAGAGGGCCCAGGGGGGGGACUCCGCUGGGGAGCAGACGGAUGGUGAGGCCCCGCAUGGUGAGGAAGAAAAUCACUUCGACACGCGUGACGACCCGAUCCGCAUAACCAUACUAGAUGAGGAGAAAAAGAAAAAACUGCUAAAAAUGAGAAACCUAAACCUCAAGUAUAGCAACGUGCCUGAGGGGAAUCUAUGCAGUGUGGUAGGGGAAGGCAUGUCAGUCUCAAUGCCAAGUAAGGCAGACGACCUGUUUGACGUGGAUGAGGAGGAUUUCUUCGCGACAGAAACGGAGGACUCCUUUUUGAAAAUCGACGAUGAGGAAGCCAGCAUGGGAGACAUCAAAACGCACGUUUAUAGAGAACUGUAUGGUGGGCGAGGGUACGGGGGAGGAGGCAAAAGUAACUUAGGGUCUUCAUCUCUGUGGGAAGGUGAUUCCCCCCAAGGUGACAGUUCCCCCUUUUACUCGGCGGAGCUAAAAAAUUUGAGCAGCUACGAUUUGUACGCGAAGCAGAUAAGCACAGAUGAGGGCAUGUGGAGAAAUGCAAAACGGCUGUACCGAAAAAACGAAUCCGCUAGUAGGAGCAGUGAAGAGGUAGAACCGAAAGAUGACCUCUCGAAAAGCAGCCAAGAUGCCUACUUUGAUUUUGAAAAAAAAAAAAUUUUGGACAUUGAAGAGGAAUACAAAAGGUAUGCAAAUAGUAUCAGUGCCUUAUCCAGUGAUGAUUCGGUUUUUGCUCGGAGAAAAAUUUAUUACUUAGAUUCGUUGAGAAGUCACUACGAUGAUGGGAGUGACCCCUUCACUAACUACUCCUUCGAGAAGAUAGACACACACAAACGAAGUUACCACCGGGGGGGGAACUUGGCACCGGACGAACAGCAUAGCGGUAGUGACGAUGAGAUCCUUGCCAGGGUGAUGAGCAAUUUGAACGGCUUGAAUAAGAAGAUAAAGUCUAUAGAAAUGAGUUACCACGUUGGGAAUGGGCGGGGGCACAUGUCGGCGGGGGUGACGGAAAUCCUCCGGGGGAGGCGCUCCAGCAGGGUUCGCCACGUUGGCAGUGACUACCCUAGUGGGGACUACACUGGGGGGGGCUACUCUGAUGCCCACCAUGACGACCUUUCCUCGUUUUCCCUUUACCACAGCAAAACGCAGCCGCACAUAAACGCCUCGGAGAAUUUCCAAAGGGCGUACUCGCGGCAGUACAUCUGA